GCUCCUGGAGCACAAACACCUUCUCUUCCCGGGCUUUACACCCGUCUCCUCUUUAUGUCACUGGGUGCCAGCGUUUUGGUUAAUUUUCAUCAUAGGAGCGUGAUUCAUGGCAAAGCCCACCCAAAAAAUCUUGAUGUUCGCAGGUUUCUCUCGUAUCUCCUUUUGUUGUUUGCGUCCUAAGGUGAAAUACAUUGCUGGUACUGAUUUCACCAUGUGCCUCUCGUCAUCCUUCUUGUUCUUUUCUUUAGGCUUUCCCUAUAUGCCUUUUUUUUUUUUUUUCUGAGAACACAUCUGUAUGCAAGAUGCAGGCAUGCAGGAGAUUUAUGGUGCUUCAUAACUUUUCCAAGCUUGGCCUGCAUAUUUUACCUCAUAAUUCCUCUUUGCUUUUCUGAUGGCUACAGCGAGCACAGAGCUGAGGUGCAGAGAACUGAACAUGAACUGGGCUUAGGCAGGGACUGGUUUUCCCACCUUCUGUUCAUGCCACCCCCUCAAAAUGCACAUUUGGAGUGAGGCCUCCUGGGUUCCACCCUGUGGGUGCCAAAGAGGGGAGCAGGAGAAAGAGCCACCCACCAAAACUACCUUAUUGCAGAGGGGAGAGCAACGAUGGGGAGCACAGCGUGUCGGAAAGGGGCUUCGGAUGAAGGCUUGGAAGUCCAGUGUUUUGCUUUAAGACCAAGUUGACCGUACAAAGACUAAAUGAAUUUGGGUACCAAAACACUUUAAUUGUAGAUAUGUGGUUUUGCUGUGAAUUGUGCGACUUCCUUGUUUGGUGGAAGAGAGGCCAUGGUUGAAGAGGAAGGUCCAGCUGGUCACUGUAGUGGUUCCUCACACACCUCCCUGUUCUCCAAGAGAGGGGACCCCAGGGAAGAGCUGGGUGCUUUACUGUAGUGUGUCUCGCUGCGCUUUUGUGUCAUCCUGGUGCAGGACUGCGGCUCCCCUGGGCUCUCUCAUACUCCUGAAGAGUUUCCUCAUGUCCCUCCAGUUACAGAGUUGGGUAGAGGAGACUCAUCUCUGUUGGCUCUUCAGCUUCAACUCGGGUACCUCACAGACAGCAGUCCCUGUCACAAUCUGCUUCUCUGGAAGAUUCUCUGCAGUUUACAGCUUUCACAGUGAUAAAUAGUUGAUUUACACUCCUAGCGCUCUUCGUACUCCUCUUUCCCUACAAGUAGGCUUUCCCCUUCUCCUACAGGUGAACUAAAGCUCAUACCCUUAACCUGCCACCCCCAGGCUGACCAGUCCCUCCGCCUUCAGCAGAGCCCUUGAGCUGAUAAUUUCAGUGAUCUGCACUGGUGCUAAAAAUCUUUUUCCAAACUAGCAGUGGUCAAUUUUAAACUUCAUUUUUCUUUAUGGAUGCUUAUUUUUUUUCCCCCUUUGUAGUUGUUGGCAUUGAAUUCCUGUAUCUGAAGAGCUUGAACAAGUCUGUGUUGUUGCAUAUUUUUUCACCUCGCUGUUUAUCCAUUUUGCUAGAUUAUUACGGGUGUAUUGAGCCCAAUAGAGAACCCCUAUUUAUUCCCUCUCUUCUGGUUCCUGGAAAAAAUAUGUUUUGCCUGGUGUUUUGCUGAGGGUGAAUGGGUGGGGAAAAGGAGUGGGAGAGAGCAGGGUCGGGUAAGUGCCCAGGCAAGUGCACAUUGUCACUUCAAGCCUGGUCCCCAACAGUUAGAGAAAUCUAACCUGCUACAGGUUUGUUUUCUCACAUGAUAACUUUUUAUUUGGCCUGGUUUUUGGGUGGGGAAAGGGUGAGUUUUACAGUGCUUCCUGCUGUACCCUUCUUUAUGCUUGUCACUCUUACCCCCUGCAGAGCUGUAGGGAAGACCUGCUUGCUGAUCAGUUACACCACAAAUGCCUUUCCGGGAGAAUACAUCCCCACUGUGUUUGAUAACUAUUCUGCCAAUGUGAUGGUAGAUGGAAAGCCAGUGAACCUAGGCCUCUGGGAUACAGCAGGACAAGAGGAUUAUGACCGACUGCGGCCUCUUUCCUAUCCACAGACGGAUGUUUUCUUGAUCUGCUUCUCCCUUGUGAGUCCAGCCUCCUUUGAAAAUGUCAGAGCCAAGUGGUACCCUGAGGUCCGACACCAUUGCCCAAAUACACCUAUCAUCCUGGUGGGCACCAAGCUGGACUUGAGGGAUGAUAAGGACACCAUUGAAAGGUUACGUGAUAAGAAACUGGCCCCCAUCACCUACCCCCAAGGUUUGGCCAUGGCUCGGGAGAUUGGGUCGGUAAAGUACCUCGAGUGCUCUGCCCUGACGCAGCGGGGCUUGAAGACGGUGUUUGACGAAGCCAUCCGGGCCGUGCUCUGCCCGCCGCCCGUGAAGAAGCCUGGCAAAAAGUGCACCGUGUUUUGAGGGCUGUGGCCUGGGUGCUGGCUCAGCAUGUUGUCGUCCUCUUGACAGAUUGCAUAUUAGCUGGGUGUUUCUGGAGGGGGCUGGGAUGUGUAGGGCCCUUCAUCAUGUACGAAGUCAGUGUUUUUUAAAUGUCUCUUUGAUUUAACGUCAGUGUUGAUGUGAAGGGGCAGCGGGGGCAGGAGACUAGCUGGGGGCUGUACAGCUCCCAGGGGAGGUACAAUGGGGAAGGCAAGGUGGCUCCUCGGGGCAACAGGCUGUUUUGGCUCUCCUGAACUCCACGCUGAAAGGGCUGAGACAUCCAUCCUGUCCUGGAAACCCCUGGUUUCAACCUGCAGGUGAAACAGGCGGGGAAGAUCCUUGUGGGAGCGGGGAGGGAGCGGAUACGAACGGUGCUGAAUGACAAGAGCAGUUGGGAGAGCAGUAGGGUCUCCUUGCCCAGCCUUCUGUGGCUUAACAGUUAACAAACUGGUGCUCUAGCAGAUACGUGCCUGAGACUGUUAAAUCCUAACCAGCCCCGGAAGGGGGCCAAGUAAAUAAGGUAUAAGCUGAAGAACUAAUCAUUAGGUGCUUUAUUGGGUACUAGCCAAACUCAGUGAGUGAAACAGCUCUGUGCAAUCCAUGUAUUUGCCUUUUUAUGUGUGCACACCCUAGGACAGCGUGGUGCUGCGCCCCCCCCCCCCCCCCCCCAAAUCCAGUCUCUGCAGAGCAGGGCUGUGGUUGUUGCCUCUGUUUUGUUUUUUUCUACUAAAGACGGCAAAGGAAGCAAUGAGGAGUCUGCUAACUUCUUCUUUCCCUUCCCACUGAGAGUGCAGGCGGGCUCUACGGAUUUGGAUGGAACAGGGAGAGCUUCUGGAGGGUUGUGGGGGGGGGAAUAGGGUUGGAAGAAAGACAGGUCCGAUUUCUAAUCAUCAUGUAGAGUGACAAGAUAAAACCUUAUUUGGUGCAAUAAACAUUCUCCAUGACGGCGUA